GGUCAUUUAAAUGCCAGCAAGAAAUAAUCACAGCCACUUUGUGAAACUAAUUGAAAUUUCAAAAAUCAUUUGUGCGCGCUUAACACAUUAAAAAUCUCCUAAGCUUCUUCUUGUCACUGUUUUUGGAUUUGUCAAACGAAUUAUAGCAAAGAAAGUAAAAAUGGAACUAGGAAAAGAAUCGGGUGUAUCGUGCUCAAAAGCGCAGCAACAUUUGUAUAAGGAGUGGUUCGAUGUAGCCGAUUCAGAUGGCGAUGGGCGCAUCACUGGGGACGAUGCUGCUACCUUCUUCUCUUUGUCCAACCUUUCUCGCCCGGAACUCAAACAGGUCUGGGCCCUUGCAGAUUCUAAACGCCAGGGAUUCUUAGGUUUCUCAGAGUUCGUUACUGCUAUGCAGCUUAUUUCUCUCGCACAAGCAGGACAUCAAAUUACCUCUCAUCUUCUUAAAACUACUGCUUCCACCGGCGAUAUUCAACCUCCUCUCAUGGAAGGCAUUACUGACUUGUUACUUCGAAAGAAGGGCUCAACAGUACACAAUCAGCCGGAAAUUAGUGCAUCUGCUCAGUUGCAACCAUCAACAACUGCUCACCGAUAUAAUUCAAAAUCAUCAAGAAAGAUGCCAUUAAUUGCUGUUACAUCCAUCAUUGAUGGCUUGAAGAAACUGUACAUUGAAACACUUAAGCCUUUGGAAGUUACUUACCGUUUUAAUGAUUUCAUGUCUCCCUUAUUGACGAACAGUGACUUUGAUGCCAAGCCUAUGGUUAUGCUUUUGGGCCAGUAUUCUACUGGCAAAACAACAUUUAUAAAACAUUUACUUAGAUGUAACUACCCAGGAGCUCACAUUGGACCAGAGCCAACAACUGAUAGAUUUGUUGUUGUGAUGUCUGGACCUGAUGAAAGGACUAUACCUGGGAAUACUGUUGCUGUUCACGCAGAUAUGCCAUUUAAUGGCCUGACAUCUUUUGGAGGGGCAUUCUUAUCAAAGUUUGAGUGCUCGCAAAUGCCACAUCCUUUGCUGGAUGAAAUCACAAUUGUUGACACCCCUGGGGUUCUGUCUGGUGAGAAGCAACGGACACAAAGGAGUUAUGAUUUUACUGGUGUUAUAUCAUGGUUUGCAGCAAAAUCUGAUAUCAUUCUUCUAUUGUUUGACCCUCAUAAACUUGAUAUAAGUGAUGAGUUUAAGAGGGUUAUUGCAUCUUUGCGUGGCAAUGAUGACAAGAUACGUGUUGUAUUAAAUAAAGCAGACCAAGUUGAUACGCAACAGUUGAUGAGAGUUUAUGGGGCAUUAAUGUGGUCACUUGGAAAAGUUCUAAAUACUCCAGAAGUUGCGAGAGUUUAUAUCGGUUCAUUUAAUGAUAAGCCUAUUGACGAGGAAAAUGUCAACCCAUUGUUUCGUGAACUUUUUGAAAAAGAACAAGAUGAUCUGCUCAUGGACUUGGUUGAUAUUCCUAAGAAGGCCUGCGAUCGUCGGAUCAAUGAGUUUGUGAAGCGUGCAAGAGCGGCUAAGAUACAUGCAUACAUAAUAAGCCAUCUGAAGAAAGAGAUGCCUGCCAUGAUGGGGAAGGCUAAGACUCAGCAGCGCCUCAUUGAUAAUUUAGAGGAAGAAUUUGGGAAGGUGCAGAGGGAGUUCCAUUUAGCAGCUGGAGACUUCCCAAAUGUGGAUCACUUCAGGGAAGUGCUGAAUGGGUAUAGCAUAGACAAAUUUGAGAAAUUGAAGCCUAAGAUGAUACAAGCGGUUGAUGACAUGCUGGCCUAUGAAAUCCCUCAACUUUUGAACAAGUUCAGGAAUCCAUAUGCAUAACUACAUACAUACUUUUAGUUCAGGAAACCUAAGAUGAUACAAGCGGUUGAUGACAUUCUCUAUAUACAUACUCUUGCACCAUUCUACGUAUUCCACUUAUAUAGGUUUGAUGUGAUGGAUUGUUGGUUAAAGUGUGGAGUAAAUGCAGGAUUUGGUUUUUGUUUUUGAUUUUGA